UGUGUCAGUGUGACACAGCCACUAAGGGAAGCCACUCUUUUAUUUCGUCGUUGAUUGCUAAGACUAGUGCAAUACUCAAUACCCCAUUCAUUCAACACGGCCGGGGUAUCUUCGUCACUCUGGUGGAAGUUCUCUUCAACCCCUUUGGUUUGUCACUGAACUUUGUAAACAAUAAGAAGAUAUACUUCACUGAUAAAGCUCGCAUUUGCUUUGUACAGCAACUGAUGUAACCAUUUGCAAGAGACAAAGUUUAGAAAAUUAUCAAGUGCUGAAAUAAGUAUCGACUAUCCAUCCAGACACUAUGGGCGCACUAGGAUUAUCUACAUAUAUUUUGCUCAGCUUGUUACAACUUUUUACAUUGGACACAACAGCCGCAGUUCAACAAGGGAGACAAACAUAUUUCCACACCCUCACUCGUCCUGUUCAACUCUCACAACUGCAGAAUGACAUCAAAGAGCAACCCGUGCUGCAGGAAAGUCUGGAAAAUGUUGUAGAUCAGCUACAGAUCCUGCAUACAAAAUCACCUUCUAAAGGUUUCAGUGCUGGGGUUAAGGGUGAUCUCCCUUUAUUGGGUCAUGUGAAAGACUCUUUGCUGGGUGUGUCAGAGGGUGGCUCCACUUGUUUCAAUGACACUGGACUUAUCAUCACUAGUUUGUUGGGGAAGAACAACUCAUGGGCACUGCAUUUUCUAGAUGCCAUGGGUAAGCCUGCACCGGGCAUCCUGUUGUAUAGGUUCAACUUUGUUGGGAGCUACAAGGAAUGCAGGUCAUCUGAAGCACCUACAUUUGCCUCUGGUAGGAAAGGAUUCAAGGGAAACUACUGCACACUUGGGUUGUCCCUUCCUGGUGGUGGCUCUCUGAUGGGGAUGGGAGCAAUACAGCUGGGGGCUUGCAUGCCUGACACAUGUACAGAGGCUGAUGGUGACCUGUUAAUGCAGAAGUUGUCACAGAGACUAACAAAUGGCACAUUGUCACCUGCCCCCACUCAAUGCCACACAGAUGACAGAGAGAUGACAAAUGCUACUAUAGUAUCUAUAGUUGUCGUGUCUGUGAUCGUCUUCCUGAUGGUUGUUGGGACUGUGGUGGACAUCCUGCUCAUCCAGCGCCCCAAGUGGCAGAGUGACGUCUACAACAGUGGUCUGGUGACCAACCUGAGGAAUCCAGAAACCAACGGCUACGGAGCUGUGGAUGUUAAUCCAGUGAAUGAAACCACCAACCUAUUGGGCCUCCACAGUGAGCCACAAGAGGGUAUUUGCACAAAGAUUUUGGUUGCUUUUUCUGUGUACACAAAUGGGCAGAAGGUACUUAACACAGCACAGCCAGCUGGAUCACUUAGCUCUAUCCAUGGUAUUCGAUUUAUCAGCAUGACCUGGGUGAUAUUCUGCCAUACCUACAUUUUUGGGCUCGGUACAAUUGCUAAUGCUUUAGAAUCUUUCCCUGAGUUACUAAAAAGAUGGACGUUUGACCCAAUAGCUAAUGGAUUUGUUUCUGUUGAUACUUUUUUCACAUUAAGUGGCUUACUGACAGCUUAUCUAACAAUCAAAGAGAUGAAGAAAUCUGGGUGGAAAAUCAACUGGGCACUCUUUUAUUUUCAUCGUUUUUGGAGGCUAACUCCCCCCUACAUGCUGACGCUGUUAGUCGUGCUAGGCUUCCAGCAGUACCUAGGCUCCGGUGCCUUAUGGCCGACAGUCCAGCCUGCUGACAGAGACAACUGCAAUGACUACUGGUGGACCAACUUGUUGUAUGUCAACAAUCUUGUUGAUGCUGAUAAAAUGUGCUUUGGUCACUCCUGGUACCUGUCCAAUGACAUGCAGUUUUACAUCAUCAGUCCACUCAUGCUGAUUCCUUUCUACUUUAAUGCCCUAGCUGGCCUGGCAUCCUGUAUAGUGUUCCUCCUGGUAUGUUUUAUCACCACGGCUGUCUUGUCUGUCCAGAACGACUGGCCAGUCACCCUUGUGUCGUUAGCCUCGCCCAACGUUGCUAGGAUAUUGGACUGGUUUAACCACUAUUACAUGGUUCCGUGGUGUCGCGUUGGAGCAUUUGUUGUUGGUAUCCUGGCUGGUUAUCUACUAGCCAAUAACAAAGGCAAAGUUCACCUGCCUAGGUAUGCUGUCGCGGCUGGCUGGAUUGUGUCCAUAGCAGUAGCAUUGGCUGUUGUGUACGGUGUCCAUGGGGACAUUACAGGGGAAAACCCCUCCUCUAUAGGAACUGCAGCCUUCUAUAACGCUGUAGCCAGGUCAGCUUGGGCUGCUUGUGUGUGCUGGGUUAUUGUGGCAUGCUCUUCUGGCUAUGGAGGUUUUAUCAACACGUUUCUAUCAUGGUCACCAUUUGUCACCCUGGGGCGCCUGACAUACAUGGCAUAUCUCAUCCACCCGUGCCUUAUAUACGUGUAUUACCAAAACCAAGAACAACUGUAUUACCUAACUGAUAUUAGUAUAGUGGUCACUAUGUGCGGCAUCCUGGUCUGCACCUACCUCAUCUCAUUUGUCCUCAUGCUGGGCUUUGAGUCCCCCAUGAUCGGCCUGGAGAAAACAUUGUUACACAAGAAGCGCAAGGAAUAGACAGGCAGGCUUAACCCAGGUCAAGCAGCAGUAGAAAAUAGGGCACGCAGUAUGCAGAGUUUUGACAGAACAUCACUUAGGACUUCACCUGUCUGUUGUAAAUGUUUAGCUGCUUUACAUGUUUAUUAUUUUGUUCCUCUACAAGUUUUUUUUUGUUUUAUUUUUGUUUUAAACAGUGUAAAGUAAAUGAUAGUAAGAUUCCAUUUUACAUGAGGUAGCAAUUUUAUAAUAGCAUCAUUCCGUGUAUAUACUGUAUUGAUGAGAUAGUAUUUAUUGAACCAUCUGUAUAAGAAUCUACAUUUUGUGAUAUCAUUUUUUAUCUGUAAUUGUGGCAAUGAUCACAUUAUAUAGUUUCAUGGCCAAAGAUUUUUAAUACAAUUUAAAUUUGAGUUCGCUAUUUUUUAUUGAAACAAAUGUAUUCAGUGUUAUAGAAAUAAAAGAAUUUUACUUUUUUUUUUAUUGAGAACACCUUACAUAAUUUUACUGAACCUUUAGGAUGUGUUACCAUAGCUAAAAAUUAUAUUACAAUUUGAAGCUUGUGAAAACUCAAAUAAUAAUUUGUUUUGUUUGCAUUUGUUGCAAAUAUUGCCAAAGUUUGUAAUUUUUUUAUAUUUGUUUUGUAAAAAAAAGUCUUUUUAUACUUUUUAUUUAAAAACAACAGUUUUUUAAUGUGAAACUCCAUUAAUCAGGCUUUAAUGAUGCAAUUUUAAUUUGUGAGUACUAAAAUUUACUUUUAUAAGGCAACAUUUUGUCAUUGUUGCAACUAAACUUCUAAAAAGUUAUAAAACUGUGUACUGUUUCAGAAGGAGUAAUUUUAUAAAUAUUUUUAAUUUAUUUUUAAUUAUGGCAUAACAUAGAAGAAUUUUUGACUACACAUUUCAAAUACAGACUCAUAACCCCCAAAAUGUGACAAUGGCAAAAUAUUUUAGCAUUACUUUGUUUUAUAUACCAUAAAUUGUCUCCAGUCAAGUCUCAACGAGUGAAAAUAUUUUGUUUGUUUCGCUAAAAUUUGGGUAUUUUGUUAUUGAUUUACAUUUUAUAGGAGUAAGGACACUUGUUUACAAACAUGACAUGUUCACUGUGUUGUUUCAUCAGUUACUGUUUUACUAGAUAUUGAUUUUUAAUUCAAAUUUAAUGUACACCAACUUACAUAUACAUUUUUUAUGUACAUUAUUAUUUUUUUAAGUAUUCAGUGGUAAGUUAUACACUUUUUUUACUUAGAAAUAUUAAACCAAAUACUACUUUUAAUGUUUAAAAAAAUAAUGGAUUGCACUGAAAAACAGUUAAACAAAAAUAUACUUGGACUUAUUUUGUUUAAUUGCUAACAAAAAUAUACUUGGACUUAUUUUGUUUAAUUGCUACAUGACAUACAAAGAGAAGUAUUUUUUUUUAAUCUAAUUAGAUGAGUUGUAUGAUGUACAGAUUUUAUGGUAUUGGUUAUUCAAUAUGAAUUAUAAAUCUAUAAAGUUAUCCCCGUGCCAGUAAAUAAUUGCCAUUUCAGUAUUUGUUAAAAUACCUGAUAAUUUUACACAUUAAAUGCUUCUUGUUGUUUUACUCUGUUAUUAUGUUGAUUGUUAUUGUUAACUACUUACAAUACAGUUUUACUAAUAACAAACUAAUGGCAUUAUGUUAGUAGAAACAUACCAGUACCAAAAAGGGGAAAGCAAAACUUUAAAAAACUAAUCUUUGAUAUACUUUUUAUUCUAAUUUUAAUUUCAAUAGGUAGAACUGCAAUCCUUUUUUUUUUCAAAAAUGUGUUCUUAUUCUGGAAGAAUUAGUUAUCUUUCAUUUCUCAUAUUAAAUAUUUAUAUCUUAAAAUAUAAGAAAUUAUAUUUCUAAAUAAUUAAAAUGAAACUUGAAAUUGAUGUGUUUUCAAAAAUUAUUCUUUUACCUAGUAGUGUACAUAUUUUGGAUGUGACUUUUUGUUAAGAAAACAAUAAUAUUUGGCAGAUAUGAAUUUAUAAAAUACAAACUUUGGGGUAACUUAUAAAUAAAUCUUUGGUUUUGUAACAAUGCUGCAAAUGCUCUGAAUAUUCAAGGGAAGGCUCAAUACUGCAGUUGAACAAUAUCCAUUGCAAAUAUUUUUUUUUUUAAUUUUAGAUGUUUGAAGAGUACUGAAAAAAUAGGUUUGGGUUAUGUGGAACAAAUUUUUAUAUUAACAUCCAUAAUUAGGGAUUAAAAUUUUUCUUUAAAAGUUGAUUGCCCACCACAAGUCAUGUUUAUGUAUCUUCUCAAAUCAUCUUUCACUAUGAAAAAUAAUUCAAUUUUUUUUUUCUAUAAAAAUGUGAAUUAACUCACACUUUUAUUAUUAUUUCUUAAGCAUUUGAUCAAAACUUUUUUGAUAAACUAAAUCGUUAAUGUUUAGUUUAAACAGAAUAAGAGUAGUGUAAAAUUUAAUUUAAUGUGGGUGCAAGUAAACUUUUCUAUGUGUGCAAGAGUAAACAAUGUCCUUAUAGUUCACAAAGUCUGGAAGGUGAACGUACACUAGAAACAUAACUACAGCUUUUAAUAAUUUCAUAUUGUUUUUUGUUCCUGAUGGAAUAACUUAGCUGCCUUAUGUUGUAUUGUAUAUGUUACAAAACAAGUUGUUAUUCAAUGCAAAUAUUCUAAAUUGAUCACUUCUUUUUAUUUAUGGAAAGCUAUCAUCACACUUCAUCUAUAAAUAUUGUUCUACGAGAUGCAUGUUAAAAAUAUAAAAAUCUAAUUUUAAUUCUGUUUCCUUACUUCUUUUUUUUUGCUACACAAUCCUGAAUAUAAAGCAAGAAAAAAAUCAUAUUUCACCCUGGUUAUUAAAAGUACUAUAACUAUAUUAAUAUAUUAUUUCCCAUUCAUGCUCUAGCUAAACUAUACACGCAAGUCAGACAACUUUUUCUCAAUGUUGUGGCAGAGGCAGAAAUUUUUGUUCAAAU